GAAAGCCCUUACGCUACUUUCCUCUACGACUAUUCUUUUAUUACGGACUCCGCGACACCCGACACGCGGCAUUUCACGAAGACAUCAACAAGCCCAAGCCGACAACACGAUCGCGCUGUAAAUCCCGAGUCACAGAAGAGACAGAGCUUUCGGCUGUUCGGAUGCCCGUCUAUAACAACCGGCGUGGUCACUAAGAGCGACAACAACAACUCAAGUAGUUUCCUCAUCGAAGCCGAAUACACUGAAUUACCACUGCUACAACAUGGCACCCCGAAAACCGGCCAGUCCAGCAAAACCUCGACGCGUCACACGCGCUCGAGCUGCUGACACCGAUACAAAAACAGCCCUGGACGAAGCACCAAAACGAAAGACUGCACCUUCGAAAGCAGUACCAACUACAAGCAGAACAAAGGCCAUUGUAUCAAAGUCGCGAGUCACCAAGAAAACGGACACGAAGACCACCAAGUCUGCCCGAUCGACUCCGGUCGUCGAAGUCAAUGACAGCAAUGACGAAGACGAGAUCGUUGUCGCGGUCGCACAACCAGCGACUAGAGCAUCGCGCUCGACGCGCACCACGACCACGACCCCAGCUACCUCCACACUAGCAGCCGCUCCUCGACGAAGAAUCAAAGUUACUCCUUUGGACGCGCCUGCCCCAGAACCAGCGCCGGCAAAGGAGCCAGAAGCGAAACAGGUCAAGAAGGCAUCUGCAAAAGAAAAGAAGGAAAAAACAACCACAUCUAAAUCCGCCACAACACGUACCAAGAGAGAUAUGGCCGCAGCUGAACUGGAGGAGAAGGUCGAAGAGCCAAAGGUCCACCCCAUGCCUAAGAAGCGUGGCAGGUCACGGGCAACGAAGGCAGAAGGCGAAGAUGCCGCAACUGAGACUGCGGCAACCGUACGCAAGACUAGGGGUCGAGCAAAGAAGGAAGAUACACCGGUUGAGCCACUCCCACCUUCGCAAGCGCCGCUACCCACCAAGCAGACUCGGGCCAGAACUGGGUCAACAGCAUCGGUUGCUGUGCCCGAGGCCACCAUCAACGUUGUCAUCCCAGCACCGGCUCGCAAGAAGGUGACUUUCCAAGACCUACCAGAUGAUGACGACGAGAAGGAGAACAAGCAGCCCGUGACCGUCUCGAAGUCGAAGGCCGCAAAGAAGGGCCCUACCCCUGCUGCGGCGAAGAAGAGCGAAACAGCUGCAAAGGGAAUGCGCGCGAAACCGAUCCGCAAGCCCGCAGCAACAACUACCAAGUCUACUCGAGGUUCCUCGAAGGCUGCCAAACUGUCCAAAACGGAGGAGACCGAGAAGAUCAUGCCUCGAGUCCUGACGCCAAAGAAGAUCACUCAGAUUGCCAAGGCUAUGCCGGUCGAGAAUGAGGACGAGGAAGACGAACUUGCAGGCGGCAAGACCCCAGUCCGUGAUCUCAGCCUCUCACCAAGACGAGGAGAGCAUGUCACAUCUGUUGGAGCAAUGUCCCCUGUCAAGGCUCUGGACUUCACCCCUGCCUUGAAGUCUCCCGAGAAGUCCAACGCGAAUGCAUCACCAGGAAUUAUGAGUCCACCGCGAAGAAUGCCCUCUUCUCCAUUCAAAGACUCCUUGAAGGAGUCUCCACGACGAGCACCGGAAGGCGUGGCGAUCUUCCGAGCCCAGAUCCAGGAGUCAAGCAGCAAUGGAUCUCUGUCUUUGAAUCCCAGCAGUCAUUCCCAGUUGUCACAGUCACCGAAACGUGGAUUGUCUGAUAAGCUCGUCUUCCCUCCGUCAGCUAUGAAACCGCGGCAAUCACCAUUGAAGACUGCUCUGCUGUCUUCGCCAGCUAGACGGCUGUUUUCGCCAUCGAAGCAGAAGACUCCUGGUCACGUCUCGCCUUCGCCCAUCAAAAAGCAGGGUACGCCUGCGUCCGAGCAGAUGAAGUCUCCGGGCGAUGUUGACUUGGUCAUGUCGUCUCACUUCAGAUCUUCCAUGUCACCUCAGCGAUUAGCUAAGGUGUACAGAAUGAGCGAUGAUGAAUUGGCCCAAGAGGCGGUGGGACAGUUGGACUUUGAUCAAUCGGUCUUGAACAUCAGAAGCCCACUGAAGGUGGACACCGUCAAGCCGCAACUCAAUCUGCCCAAGGACAAUAUGGAGGUUGAUGAGCCAAUUGAGCUGAACGAGGAAGAACGUGAACACGAUGAGGAGCUUGGAGUUGUCGAGCCGGCGCAAAUUGCACCAGUGGCUGACGCCGAGCCAGUCGCGGCUCCUGAUGCCGCCAGCGACGACACAGUCCUCGACCCUGAUUUGGAGCAUCAAGACGUCUCUGAUGAGGAUGAGGAAGAAGUUGAAGAGGUUCACGAGCAGAAUAGCGAUGAGGCCCCUCAAGAUGAGGUUGUCCCUCAAGCAGCUCGACAAGCUUCCAUCACCAAGCCCAGACUAUCAAACGCUCUAUUCACCCGUCUCCGAGAGGUCGACGAUGAGUCUGAAGAUGAACUCGCCGCAGACCAAACACCAGUCGCACGAGGCCAACCUAGUCUUAGCAGUUCAAACAUCAAGUCCCGGUUGUCAGGCGGGAUGGUACCUCCUAGCGCUUCGCGAGGUCUUGGAUUCACUCCACUUGCUGCACAAGUCCGUGGCUGGCGAGCGGACAGUCCUGAGAAGCGAAGUAGCCCCCAGAAGAGCACACCAGCGUCACACGGUCUAUUCUCACCUCUCGCUCGGAUACACGUUGCUGGAUCGGUAGAAGUGAAUCGGCAGGACACGCCAGCGAAGCAGGCGCAGAAGAGAAAGUCAAUGGCUGCUCGACUGUCAUUUGCUCCAUCCAUGACUGAGAGUCCGGCAAGACCGGAUUUCUUCGGCGAAAGUAUGGCUGCGCAGGACUUCGAGGAGCAAACCGAUGAGCUUGCAGGCGCAAUAUAUGCGGAAGAAGAGGACCUUCACGAAGUUGUGCAGCAAGCCGAUGUUGAGGAGCAUGUCCAAGAGCAAGAAGAAACGUCUGAAGAUGAAGGGUCGGACGGUUCCAGCCAUGAGCCUGGCGAGCUGACGACCGACCUGAUCAAAUUCACCAAUGCUUCGGACACUGCCAUGGUUGACUUUGAAGCUCUAGCCAACGAGGCUGAAGAGAUGGCAGUGGAUGAACCGGACGGACCAACAAGUGAUGAUGAUGAUGGGCCUGAAGCAGCAGCUAUUCCAGGGGCAGAUCUUUCGACGGUGGAAGAAAGGCAGUCUAUGCUGUCAACGUCGUCUGAGAAUUAUGGCGACGAGAAUGCUGCUCCUGCAUAUCAAAUCCCAGCUCAGACAAACAAAGAAUGUGUAGUUGGCAAAGCUGUCGCGGAACAACCGCUGAGCGACAAUGCUCCAUCAUCUGACUCCGAAGAUGAACUACAGUCUGAAGAAGAAGAUGCAAUCAGCCCACCUCGCAAGGAGUCUGAAGCCGUCGAGACCUACCUACUCGGCGAUUCUUCAACCAGCGUCGCACUUUCUCCGUCGGCCGCGAAUACGACCUCAGCAACCGUCGAGAAGAGCAUCGAGAUGGACUUCAACGUCACACCAGUCCGGCCCGAUCUCAGCCUCGCACGUGUCGUCCACACCAUCGCUAAAGUUCCUCUCCGUCCUGAGGGAACAAUUCCUACGACGUCAUCCCCGAUCAAGAUGCAGCGCAAGAGACCGCGAUCGUUGUCCUCGUCUAACUCACUGGCCGUCAAGAGACGUAGCCUGGGCCUCAGCCCUAUGGACGCAGUGGCUAUCGUGGACGCUCUAGCAACACCGCGGGCAAAAGAUCAAUUGACUUCGUCACCGCAACGACGCAUUCGUAGCGCAGCACCGAGUCCUGCACAUUCGCUCGCGACCGGCUCGACGACGCCUGGUCAAUUCAGUUUUGCAAUCGAAGAUUUUGGAAACAGCACUCUAGACGGCAUAGAGCUGCCAGAAGACAUGAUGUUCUCUGAUGAGAUGGAGGUUGGCUCUGAACCGGAGCCGGAGACUGAAGGACACGGUCAAGAAGCUACUGUCAUGACCAUCGGCUCUGCUUUGUUCAAGACUCCUGGUUCCGCACCGAAGAGAGCGAGUAUGGCUCCUCCUCCGUCAACGGAAAAGUCCAAUGCCACUGCGACGCCUCACUACGCCAGGCCCACCAAGUCUAGCAGACGAAAGAGCCUCAGCACUCCCUCUCGCCCUGCUACAGCUGCAACACCAGUCCCAGCCGAGACGCCCGCGAUGACCACGAAGGCCAAGACACCAUCCACCUCACUCAAGAGCCGCACUCCAGCUGCUCGAACACCCUUGAAGCCUGUCGGUGACGGCCCUCUCAGCGGCGCAGUCGUGCAUUACGAUAUCCACACGAGUGAAGGAUCCAACGCUUCAGCGUUCUACGUCGAUCUGCUCACGUCUAUGGGCGCACGGUGCAUCAAGGAGUGGCGAUGGAAUCCACGGGCCAGCCUCGCUGUCAAUCCCGAUUCUGCAGAAAACGAACCCGAAGCUCUGAGCCAGGCCGUGGGAGUCACACAUGUCGUGUAUAAGGACGGCGGGAAGCGUACGCUUGAGAAGGUCCGAUCGGCCAAAGGACAGGUUCUAUGCGUCGGGGUCAGUUGGGUGCUCGAUUGCUAUCGCGAGCAGAAGUGGCUAGACGAGGCGGUGUAUGCGGUGGACACGGGGAUCAUGCCGCGUGGUGGAUCGAGACGGCGGAAAAGCAUGGAGCCGCGGAUCUUGAGAAACGAGAACGGUUCUUUGAGUGCGACGAAGCAGGGACGAGGCAGGAAAUCGUUGCCAGCUGCUCAUUUCGGAAACGAAGAUAUGAAGAUGAAGUUGGCGAAGACGCCGGUGCGUGCACUACAGCAGGCUGAGGCCGACAAAGAGAAUGACGUCAAUCUGCAAUUCGACGAUGAGGAAGUGGACAGCCGAAGUGACGAGGAGGAGCAGGUUCGGUGUGCAGGCGAAGUCCAGUCAGAAGGCGACCAAAACACCGAAGAAGAGACCGAACUCAAUUCGGUAUACGACUCCCCUGCCGCAGCAACAGUUGGUGAUGGUGGUGAGACCAUGGACAUGAGAUACCUCUCCACCAUUCCAAAGGAUGAUUCGAUAUUGUCCAACAUCGCUGCUACGCCGAUGGUCGCAUCGAAGAAGACAAGCAUGGAGACACCUCAGUCGGCAAAUUUGCAAGUCGAUUACGACCCACGUACCGCGGCGACUCCGUUGACGCCGUAUAUGGCCGCCAAAGGGAUGGGGAGGCAAGAUUUGGUGCAGAUGAGUGCGCCACCGAAGCAGAUCAACAGGAGCAUUUUUGAGUGCGACGAUGAAGAAGAACUGGCACAAGAAGACGAUGACAAGAAGGAAGCAGGGACUAAGAAGAAGCAGAAGUUCCAGGUCAGAAUGCGUGGGAAAGAGGCCGGUGGGAGUGAUGGCGCGAGGAGGAGGACGCUCGGGGCGAAUCUGGCAUUUAAGCCGGUUGUUGCGAGUCCAUUGAGGAGAGAGUAGUGACUUCCUUCUCUUCCUUUUGUGCCUUUUUUCCUGUCUCUGUCUUUCGUCGCUCGAGCAGCAGCAGGAGUAGGAGCAGCCACCAGCCAGCCAGGGCCAACAGUCUGUCACGAAGAAGCGCGCGUUGUGAGCUGGGAAUGGCAACGUGACGUCCUUUGCUUUCUUGGUUGCUUGCUCUUCAUUCCUCUGUGGGACUCGAGACCAAAAAAAGAAACGAAACGAAACAGUCUGGCAAUACCAGUGGCGGCGGGACGGGAACGGCGGCCAAGACUGGAGGAUUCUUGCUCAUUUCAUACGAGCUCAUACAUGUGAUGUUGAUUGUUUUGAUUGUGUUUUGGCGCUUGAGGUGUUGAGGCUCACUAGGCUGGAAAUGGGUAUAUCGAAUGGUCAUGGUCAUGAUCAUGGAUGAGUUUGGGUAUAGGAAUCGAUCGCACGGAGUUGGUUCCUAUUUUCAGUCAUGAGCUGAUUCGGAAGAGUGAGCUUGAGGCUGGAUCAAGACUCUAGUUCACCUUACUUUACGCAGUCUGCAGCUUUUGAAGUCGGUAACGGAUUGGAAUGAAAUGAAAUGAAACGAAGAAAUGAAGUGCGAUCACAAUUUCUUGCUCCGGUCAAGGUCAGAUCGGGCCUCU